UUGGUCGAGACUGUCUGCUGUUGAUACUGGGUUAUGCUCGCUGUCUUCACUGAAAGGAACUGAAAAAGUUCCUACAACGAUGUCGGUGGCAGUGGAAACUACAGUGUCCAGGGUGCCUCUCCCUCUUCCGACUCACUUCUCCCAUGCAGAGCAGUCCUUCUCCCUCAAAAAGCGCCGUCUCCCUUUUUCCUCGUCUUCUACGUCCAACUCCUCCUGCUCUUCCCCAGCUAGGCUCUCAUACUCUUUGCCCCCCCUGCCACCGUCCAAAGGAUGUCUCCCUUUGAGCCGGAUGUUCCCCCAGCAUCCAUCCCCCUGGACACCCCUAUCUCGUUCUCUUACUAAGUCUUCCCCUCCCAAUUCGGUAUAUGAUCCCAGCAAGCAGCAGACCUAUUUCAGUCAGUGCUUCACUAAUUUGGGCCUGCUGGGAAGAGGCUCAUUUGGAGAGGUCUACAAGGUCCAAAGCAGCAAGGAUGGCCACCAUUAUGCAGUGAAACGCUCCACUCAUCGCUUCAGGGGCAACAGUGAGAGGAACCGGUGUGUGAGGGAGGCCAGAAACCACGAGCGUCUCUGUCCCCAUCCUCACAUCUUGGACUUUGUGGCGGCCUGGGAAGAGUGUGGUCGACUGUAUAUUCAGACAGAGCUGUGUAGCACCAGCUUGCUGCUCCAUGCUGAAAACAAGCCUCCUGGCCCAGGUCACUUACUUGUCUUUUUGACACUUUCCAAUCCAGAUGAGCGUGCAGCUUGGGCGUACCUGUGCGACCUUCUCUCAGCACUGCAACACUUACACUCUCAUGGUUUUGUGCAUCUGGACCUCAAGCCUGCCAACGUCCUCAUCACUGACUCUGGACGUCUCAAGCUGGGGGACUUCGGGCUGCUGCUCGAGCUCAAACAGAAGAGCACAGAUCCUGUAGAGGGGAAAGUGAAAGAGGAUGCCCAGGAAGGAGAUCCUAGAUACAUGGCCCCCGAGCUGCUGCAUGGGGAGUAUGGACCUGCUGCAGAUGUUUUCAGUUUGGGUGUUUCCAUUCUGGAGCUUGCUUGUAAUAUUGAGGUUCCCAAUGGUGGAGAGGGCUGGCAACAGCUCAGACAAGGCUGCCUCCCCUCACAGUUUACCAGUGGCCUGUCAGCUGAGCUUCAGUCAGUACUGCGGAUGAUGUUGGCCCCGGAACCGUCAGACAGACCGACGGUUUCUGAACUUCUCGCCCUCCCUUCUGUUAGGAAACACAGGUGGAAAAGGCGCAUCUGCCUUAUGCUCGCUGAAACCAUGCUGACAUUGGCCUCCCUCUGCCAGUUGAUAGUGUGCUUUGGAUGUAGACUCCUGUCUCCUCUUCACUUGUCGUUCCUCCCUCGUUGGACCAAGCCGGUGCCCUGCACUCCUCCUAAAGACAGCUGGGACAAGGAGUUAACUCUGCCUCUAAGCGCCAUGCAGGCUGACUCGGGCAGCCCAGAGGAUGACGCAGUGUUUCUGCUGGAUCCCUUGGACCCAGAGCUUUCCCCUACCUUCUCACACAGGGUCAAAUCCAGACUAUCUUUGGAAAGCACGUCCACUCCUCUCCCAGGCUCACCGGUGCACAAUUAUUGCAGUCCUGCCCACACGCCCGCUCAUUCAAAUUUGUGUGAUUGGUCCUCCUGUAACUUAGCGCCAACUCCUUCCAGCAUCCACUCAAAUGGUUCCUGCCGCAUGCUGACACCCAGUGCAAGCCCCAUACAUGCAGAGCUUCACACUGACAGCAUGAAUGAAAACUCAACGCAGAGCCGACGUCCUUCGUCUGCCAAAUCCUCACAGCGGCGUGAUCAUUCCUGGGUCCGAACAGAGGAGGCUGUACCCCGACCCAACUUUGAACCAAAGAACCUGCUCAGUCUGUUCGAGGACACCAAUAUAUAGAGGGAAUGCCAUAGUACAUACUGUAGUACAAUGCUGCCAGUCUACAUUCAGGGACUUUUUUUUUUCACUUUAAAGUGUCGGGUGAAGUGGACCUACUUAUAUGAAUGUUCACUACUUAAUUUGCAUGAACUGUUUUUGCCAUUUUGUACAGUAAAAGUCUGUAACAGCUUCUUUAAACAUGUAUUUGAACAAAAAAAAAGCAUUUGGGGAAAGGUUGAAUAUGUAAUCAGAAGCUUAAAGCACUUUUUUAUGCUUGUGUAAAUGCAAUCAGUUGCUGAAAAGGA